CCGGCUUGAAGUUACCUCCGACAUGAGCUUCUCUUGCGCAUUGACGUUCGAAGCUUCCUCGCCGCUUCAAAAUUUGACUGCGCCGCGGAGGAUCACAGGCUAACUGCUUCGAGUAGAUCUUUCACGGAGGGCACCCGUAUUCCUGGUGGCGCACGAAUCAAACCCGGAUGUGGCAUCGCCGUUUCUUUAAUUGACACUGCGGUCGUUUUAUCCCUCCCUCCCGCUCUCAAGUAGCCCAUCGCACCAGCAAUGAGCUCGUCCUCUCUGUCGUCCCACUCCAUCGCGCUGCAGAGCACUUCGCACAUCUUCGACGCGCGGCCGCGGUACCCACAUCUCCUCACCGCUAAGCGAUACCGCGCGCCAAGCUACGCCUCCCCGCCUGGUAAUUCUGAUCCCCGCCAGCGCCAGGGCGAGCGUGGCGUGACGCUGGUGCUCGCGCACGGGUCGGGAUUCCACAAAGAGCACUACGAGCCCGUCAUCGAGGACCUGCACCGGCUUAUUGCAGUCUCGUCUGCGACAUCCCGCGCCGCGCCGCGUAUCGACGACAUCUGGGCGGUCGACCACCCGUCGCACGGCGAGGCGGCGAUCCUGAACGAGGAGGCAUUCCAUCGGCAAGGCAGAAUGGACGAUGGUGCGCGGGAAUACGGCCGCGCGCUGCACGCGUUCCUGACGCUUCCCAACGCGGGCAUCGAUGUCGACUUCUCGAAGCGGCGAUUAGUGCUCGUGGGGCACUCGAUGGGGGCCAUGGCCAUGUAUGCGCCGUCGGGCAUUCAUCUUACGUGCACAGCGUGGCUCAUAUCUCAUCUUGCAGCAUCACCUCCGCCCAGAGUGUUUGGUCGCCGCGGAGCUGGUUUCAGGCGAUCCGGAGCUGCUGAGCGCGAUCAGGACGUGUGGGGAUCCCGUGAAGAAGCGGCGCUGUUUGUCAAGCGGGGGAAGAUGUGGGCGAAGUGGGAUCCCCGUGUUGUCGAGAUCUUCCUUGCGCAUGGGCUGAGGUCCCUCCCGACGCUCAAAUAUCCUCACGGCGGGGCGAACGGCGUGACCCUGACCUGCACCGUUGACGAGGAAGAGUCCACCAGCAGAGACGUGGACGGCGCCUUGAAGAUUUGUGAAUCGAUCCGAGCUGUAGCCGAACAAUGCCCCACCCAUCUUAUCUACGGCGCGGUGAAUGAUGUCUUAUCCCAAGAGCUGAAGAACAGUCUGAUUGCCCGAGCUGGAGGUCCUCGCAACCUGGGCUCGGUGGUGUUCGUUCCGGGAGCGGGACAUCUCGUAAAUCGCUCAAAGUCAUCCUUCCAAACUCGCCGAGAGGAUCUACAAUAUUCUCAACGCCCCGCCCCGGUCGAAACUCCAGUCCUUCAAGAUGGCGCGGUUGUGAUGACGUACACUCAGAUUGUCCUUUCAGAGGGAUAGUUCGGCACAUGUGAUAUCCUCCUUAGACCAUUAGACGGAUUCCUUUGUUGGAGUAAGCCCCUUUGGUGUGAUCUCGUCAAUGCCAUUCU